UCGUCCAAGAAGUGGGAGAAAAUUUUCUCCUGGAUGGAUAUGACGUGCCGGCGGUCGUCUCCUGCGUGUUCUUCUUCCUCCUCCGGCUCGUCCUCAUCCGACUCGUCCUCCCGCAGGAACCCGGCCUCCUCCGCCCGCGGGACUGACCGGGUCAAGGGCCCCUGGAGCGCCGAGGAGGACCGCGUCCUCACCGCGCUCGUCGAGCGGUACGGCCCCAGGAACUGGUCCCUCAUCGGCCGCCACAUCGCGGGCCGGUCCGGGAAGUCCUGCAGGCUCCGGUGGUGCAACCAGCUCAGCCCCGCCGUCGAGCACCGCCCCUUCUCCGCCGCAGAGGACGACGCCAUCCUCGCCGCGCACGCCGCGUACGGCAACAGGUGGGCCACCAUAGCCCGGCUACUCCCCGGCCGGACCGACAACGCCGUCAAGAACCACUGGAAUUCCACCCUCAAGAGAAGGGCCUCCGCACAGCACAAGGACAGCGGCGCAAAUCACGGGAGCGAUUGUUAUAACGAGCAAAUGUCAGUGAGUGGUUGUCGUAUGGACAUCGAGGAGGAGGAGGGGGAGGACGGACCAUUGACUGCAUUGACUCUUGCUCCGCCGGGGGCGGCGGCGACGGCGGAGAAGCGGAGGGAGGAUAAAGGGUUGCCGGACGAGGGGUUCUGGGAGGUGAUGAGAGGGGUAAUCGCGAGGGAGGUUAGAGAUUAUGUGAACUCCGCGAUGGCUGAGACGAGUUGGAGAUGAUGGGGGGAGGAGAAGAUAUUUGUAGGGGCUUUUUCCGUGCUUAAGAAAAUUUUGGUUGAUUAAUUAAUAUUCUAUGUUAAUAACGUCCAGUGCAGUAAUUUGAUGGCAAAUGUUAAAUUUUCGAGAAAAAUCCUGGAUUCAUUCUUAAACGAAUUUAAGCUUAAUCCUAAA